CAGCGAUUCCAUGGAUUAUUUACACUUGACGGACCGAAGAGUCGUGUCAGUUUCGAGCGAACUAUAGCAAGAGCAACAAGAAGUCACGAUGUUUCCGCAUCAAAGAUUGUUCUUAGCAGUGACAAUAUCAUUAGCAAGUAUCGUACUUGCUGACGUCCUGGUUCAGCCCGGUUAUAAACCUCAAUCCAGCACUCCAGCCUACUCGCAACUUGCUCCGCACCGGACAUAUUCUGCGGCUCAAGGCACGGAACAAUUGUCGAAUAAAAAAUCGUACCUUCCGGAAGUUCAGAGUGUUCGCAGUGUUCAAACGGUGUAUCCCUAUUACGAAUCGCACGAUAGCAAUGCUCGUUCAAAUCUGCUAAGAUAUCCACUUCAGCACCAUUAUCCGUACCAUUAUCAUUAUGCAAGGCCGAAGCAUCUACACUUCGCAAAGAUAGGAGGUCAUGGAUACACGCGGCCCUCGGUGUUCGUCGGCUAUCCUCGACCCGUGCUAGUUCCAUACCACCGGAGGUACAGGAGGUCCGAUGGGUCCGAUCCUACGAGCAACGAAUCCAGUAAAUCUGCGAUCGUUGCACAUGACGAUGAUGUGGCCGCGAAGUCGCCCUUAACCGACGCCAAGCAUACGGCCAUCGACUCGUUACUUCCAGAACAUGAACCUACAGAUACUAAUGAUAAGCGUGUGGAAAAUCGUCAGACCAACAAUGGCCAUGUAACGCCACGGCAUACAGGUUUAUUCGACCUCCCGAUAUAUUAUCCCGGAAAUGUACAGUACGCUCCUUCUGACGAUGAAAAACAAAACCAGCCAGAAAACACAAUGGAACAUGCAAUUAUAAAAUUUUCUCCGAGCACGUAUAAUCGGCAACAAACUUGCACAGGCUAUGACAAUCCACUCAUGAGUAACAGACCUUCUACAAGAGUGCAGCAAUCUUUGGAAGAUGACUACACUGAUGAUGACGACUCACACAACAGAUACCAAGAUGCAUCUCCUAAACAGUUUGAUGGACUUAACAACGAUUUCUUGAAUACAAUAGGAUAUUGGCAGGGACAUACAUACGAUAACGUGAUUCAUAAAGAUUUCGAACAAACCGCGGUUCCAUUUCAGAUACCAGCCUCUGCACCGUCCCUGCUUCCUUGGACAAUUUAUUAUUAUAAUUUGAAAAACGAGAAAACGAUUCCGACUGCGCAGCAAAACACCGAAAAGAAAUCUUCGCAGCUACAGGAAACGGGCAAUACGGCUCAGCCAAGACAAAACUACUAUGACGAACCUUAUUAUUAUGACAUCAAACUUUUACCGCAAAGUUUUCCUGAUGAGCCGAUGACAACUACUAUACAACUUAACCGCCCAAUUAUGGUACCAUCUCUCAAUCCCUAUGUACCAAAUGACGAGGAUGUAAUAAACGAUAUAAAAGACGAGGACCUCAACGUCGACGACUUCGUUCGUAUGCCGUAUUCUAAUGGAAUGGAUACGUCGCUCCCAAAUCGUUUUUCUUACCAUCCACAACCGGACUACGAUUCGAACAAGUUCUCCGAGUCUCCAACUCAAAUCCCUAACUAUACAUUUGGCAAAAAUACUGACGGGGAUAUUAUUUCGAGAAAUAUAAUGCAACAGAUACCGGAAACGCAAUCUUCAGCCACAAACAAUUACCCGCUGGGGAAAAGAAUACAAGCUGGACCACCAAAUUACAAUUAUUACACUUAUCCAAGUAACACACUAUCUUCUGGCAUGUUUUCGUCACCAGUUUAUUAUUAGUGAGGCACUGUUAUAGAUAUGACGCUGUUAUCGAUUCCUGUUAGGUUACCUUGAAGCAACGAGUCGAUUGACCGUAAUUUUUUUUCAUGUUCUAUUUAUUAUAAUUACUCUCAUACCAUGCACAUAUAAUUUUUUAUAAACGCACAUCCCUCAUCAAACUUCGUCCACUCGAUAGUUGAACUUUUAUAUAUAUU